AUGCUAACCGGCCCAUCGGACCUAGGCAAGGCCCUGUAUCGCUACGGCGCAACAGGAUUCCGCACCGAGCUCUAUCUGCGAUACAUUUCCAAGGCCCUCGAGAUCCCCGCCGACUUUGCAACCUUUCCGAGCCUCAUCCUCACCUCCUUUGGCGUCCCGCAGAUCACCACGCGCUCGAGCCGGACCUUUCUGGACUUUGCUCCGCAUGGCUAUGACAUGGGCAAACUGUACCAGACCACCAAGCUCGGCGAGCGCCUCUGCGAUAUGGCGAUCGAAGACCUGGACGUGAUCCUCAACAGCCCUGGAACAUGGAGCCAAGACUGGGUGCAGGCCAUGGCCUUUGGGAGCGCUGGAGCCAGUGCCGUCAUUGUCAUCUUCAGCGGCAGCUGGCUCGACGUCCUGAUCAGCUUCCUCGUUGGCUCGCUGAUCGGAGUCGUCAGCACCUUUGCGCCAAGAAUCUUUCCCAACUACGUCAACCUGAUCGAGCUGGUGUCCUCGCUCUUGACGACAAUCAUCCUCCGGAUCAUCCAAACGUGCAUGCCGGCGAUGUGCCUGAGUUUCGUGCCCAUCUUUCUGUCGUGCAUCCUGAUCCAUCUACCGGGUCUGUCGUUCACGCUGUCGCUGCUGGAGCUAAGCGCCCAGAACCUGGUCUCGGGGACGGCCCGGCUCGUGAGCUCGCUCCUGAUUGCUCUGCUGCUGGCGGCCGGCGUCGUUAUCGGAUCCGCGAUCCCUGGGCUGGCCCAAUUCUUUGCUACCGGGCCCGGGCCCGACAUCAGCAACACAUGCACUCCUCUCGAUCCGGUCACGAGCCUCGCCUGGGUUGCCGCAAUGUUCCCGGUCCUGACGUUCUCCCUCACGAUCAACAUGCGGGCCUCGCUGCAAGAAGCGCCGGUGGUAUUCCUGGCUGCGCUGUGCGGCUUCUCAACAUAUACCCUUUGCGACAGCGUCUGGAGCCUUAACAGCGCAGCCUCAUCGGCGCUCUCGUCGUUUGUCGUUGGCCUCGUCGGCAACAUCUACGCCCGCUGCGGUGGCCUCGCCAUGGUCCCGGUUCUCACGGGCAUCCUGAUCCUCGUCCCUGGCUCCAAGGGCGUCCGCGGAUCGCUGCAGAUGAUGCUGGACACGGACAUUGGCAGCUCCAAUGCCGUCUCGGAGAUGUUCUUUGUCGCCCUCUGGCUCAACAUUGGCCUGCUCUUUUCGACCGUGGUGGUGUAUCCGCAACGGGGAAGCUUUAUCGAAGGCGAGCAUCUCUUCCGGGGCUUCUGAUUCCAGUGCAGCUUGAUGCUCCAGGGCUUGACCCAACCAGGGAACAGGACGGCACAACAGGGCGACACAAUGAGACGACACAGUGGGACGACACUGCAAGAUACGGCCGAGAUGCUUCCAGCGUUUGCAAGCCGAAGCGAGUCAUUUCCGUUUUCGAACUCGACUGUCGCACUCUCGAUUCUGGGCCAAGGUCGUAUUCACUGGUAUCCGCAGAUAGAAACAGUCCGUCGGAUGGACAUGUCAACGAUGCGCUCGCAGUUUUGACUGGCGAAG